ACCGUUUUGAUGCGUAUUUGUUUUCGCUUUUCUUUUUUUUGCAAUAACUUAUCAAAAAAAGUGGCUUUGCUUGGUUUGACCUUCCUGCUUCCCGUACCAAAAUGUCACCAGCUGGCUUGUAACACCCGCAACUGUCGUGUCUUUCAACAAUUGUUUUUCCAAAACACAUCUUAAUAUGGCUUUCCAGUGUCAACGAGACUGUUAUAUGAAAGAGUUUGUCACAACUGUAGCUUCGUGUUGUCCUGCGGAGCUCAAACAAGACAUCAAUGGAAAGAAAGAAACUGUUAAAGGCUUCACUGUGAAGCUACAAGACACCAUCUUAUUUCCUGAGGGCGGUGGUCAGCCAGAUGACCACGGGUUAAUCGGGGACGUCCCCGUUUUGAGGGUGACCAGGCAGGGCCAAGAUGCCGCUCACUUUGUGGGGUCUCCGUUGGAGGUGGGUCAGGAGGUGCAAGUGAAGGUGGACUGGGAGAGGAGGUUCGACCAUAUGCAGCAACACUCGGGUCAACAUUUGAUCACAGCUUUGGCUGACUCAAUGUUUGGAUACAAGACCACUUCUUGGGAGUUGGGGCGUCACAGAAGCUCCAUUGAACUGGACACGGUGUCUGUAAAAGCUGGCCAGUUAUACGCACUGGAGGAUGUUGUGAAUGAGAAGAUCAGAGCCCACAUCCCGGUCAAUGUGAAGCUGCUUUCUGUUGACAGCCCUGAGUUGGAAAAGGUGAGGAGUCGAGGGCUGCCAGAUGACCACGCGGGGCCAAUUCGGAUUAUCGAUAUUGAGGGGGUCGACGCCAACAUGUGUUGCGGAACUCACGUGUCCAACCUUAGUCACCUACAGGUAAUCAAGCUGCUGGGGACCGAGAAAGGAAAGAAAAACAAAACCAACCUAAUGUUCCUGGUGGGAAACAGGGUGCUGAAAUAUGCAGAGAAAAGCUACAGCACUGAGCGCUCCUUGGUAGCUCUUCUCAAAACUGGACCAGAUGAGCACGUCGAGGCUGUGGACAAGUUGCAGAAGUCUGCAAAGCUUCUGCACAAAACUAACUUGAGCCUUCUACGAGACAUGGCGCUCCUCAUUGCUCACAACUUUAAGAAUGACCCCCAGAGAGGGAGCUUUUUCAGUUUGCACAAAAAAGAAGGCGACAAUGAGUUCAUGAAUAUCAUUGCCAAUGAAAUAAACACACAAGAUACUUUAGUGUUUCUGACUGUGGGAGAGGAAAAGGGGCCUGGUUUGUUUCUGCUGGCUGGACCCAGCGAACAAGUUGCACAGACGGGACCACGGUUAUUAGAGCUGCUGCAAGGCAAAGGAGCAGGAAAAAAUGGCCGUUUCCAAGGCAAAGCUAACAGCCUGGCACGGAGAGGGGAGGUGGAAGCUCUUCUUCAACAACACUGCAGUCAGCAAACGUCACAGGAAGAAUAAAUGCAGUUUUUAUUUCUCAAUUUAUUUAUAACAAUACAUUUCUUAAAAAUCAGUUUUUAGGUCAUAUGUACAAGUCAAUGCCAUGUGUGGUUUAUGUUUAACAAAUCUAAAUCAUGUGAUGGUAGUUUAUUAAAAGUCUUAAAUACAUAAAUUUUGUGUUUCUCACCUGCAACCCAAACCUGUCAGUGCUGUGCUUUAAUCACUUAAGCAUGUGUUCAUAUUUACAUUUUGUGACAGAAUAUGUUAAAUUUAUGCAGGCAUCCCUUCCCGCUCCAAGCCUAAAAACUACACUGGAUGAAAAUAAUUAAAAAUAAAGAUCGUUUGGAAGUCA